CAGCAGCAGCGUCUGAGGCUUCCCUGUGCCCCUCGUUCCCGAGGCAGCCGACUGCACCACCCCCACCUAUUCUCGGCCGGGAGGGACUCGCGCCACCAGCCCGGACCUCCGCCGGCUGCCCCUGUCGCCACUACUCCAGACUCGCCCGCGGAGUUUGCCGGCCGGGAGGGAGGCCGAGCGGCGGAGCUCACUCCUGCUCCUCUCGCCACCAUCUCGUGGAUGUCGUGAGAGAACUUUGCAGCGGGCUGGAGCGCCUUUUACGUUGAGGCAGACGAAAGGAAGGCAAGAGGACCGGGGAAGGGGCUCGGAGGAAGGGUCCGAAGCGGCCGGGCCGGUCGUGCGGGGCGAGUGCUCACCGGACGCCGCGCCCAGAUGCGCCCCAGCCUCGAGGAGCAGUGGGCGGCUGCGGGACUGCCCUCCGCAGACUAGCCCCGUCGGGCCUGGAAGGUUUGUGCGACCGCGGAGAACAUCGAGUGCCAGUGGCACGGGGCGUGCCGAGCAGCCUCCGGGCGCGCCCUCCGCACCGUCCCCGUCACCCAGCGCUCCUCUGCCGGGACUGAGGCUGCGGAGCCUCCACCGCGGCCCUCCCCUCUCCCUGUAGUGUCGGGGGUCUGCGACCGCCCGGCCGCAGGCGCUGCCCCGACGCGCGAGGGUCGGCUCCGAACGUCACCAGGUUUGUUUGUGUGGGGUUAGCCGGGGGCGCCGAACCACCUGCCCUUCGCCCGCCCGCGCUGCGGGGAAAACCCGGAGAGGAGGCGGACCGGGAGAAGAGCAGAGGAAAGCAGCCCUCCUGGAUCUGUUUGCCCGGGACGGUUGCCGCGCACGCGGAUCGCCUACGGGAGCGGGCCGGAGUCACCGCGCCUCCCACCAUCCCACCCGGGCGGCCGAGGCCCGCGGGUUGGAGAACAAUUGCGUCGCCGCGGAGGUUCUUGGUGCAGCCGGGCCUGGGGUGCCCGACGAUGUGGCCCUGAACGCGGGAGCCCGCACCGGCGGGAGCAGGAGCAGCCGGGCGCCGAGUAGCCAGUGCGCCCCUCCGAGCGCGCCUGCGUGCGUGGCCAGCGGGCCCGGAGCGCGUCCCGCUUCCGCCUGGCUUCCCAGCUUAAUUUUCCUCGGCGGGAUUAAAGUUGGAAAUUGAGCGGAGAAUUGAGUUGCCCGGGAACAGAGCCGCGGCCGCCGCCAGAGCGAUGUUCCCGCAGAGCCGGCACCCGACGCCGCACCAGGCUGCAGGCCAGCCCUUCAAGUUCACUAUUCCGGAGUCCCUGGACCGCAUUAAGGAGGAAUUCCAGUUCCUGCAGGCUCAGUAUCACAGCCUUAAAUUGGAAUGUGAGAAACUGGCAAGUGAAAAGACAGAAAUGCAGAGGCACUAUGUGAUGUAUUAUGAAAUGUCAUAUGGAUUAAACAUAGAAAUGCAUAAACAGACUGAAAUCGCCAAGAGAUUGAAUACGAUUUGUGCACAAGUCAUCCCAUUUCUGUCUCAGGAACAUCAACAACAGGUGGCGCAGGCUGUCGAACGUGCCAAACAGGUGACCAUGGCAGAGUUGAAUGCCAUCAUCGGGCAGCAGCAGUUGCAAGCUCAGCAUCUUUCCCAUGGCCACGGACCCCCAGUUCCCCUAACGCCUCACCCUUCAGGACUUCAGCCACCUGGAAUCCCGCCCCUGGGCGGCAGUGCCGGCCUUCUGGCGCUGUCUAGUGCUCUGAGUGGGCAGUCUCACUUGGCAAUAAAAGAUGACAAGAAGCACCAUGAUGCAGAGCACCACAGAGACAGAGAACCCGGCACAAGUAAUUCCCUCUUGGUCCCAGACAGUCUAAGAGGAACAGAUAAACGCAGAAAUGGGCCUGAGUUUUCCAAUGACAUCAAAAAAAGAAAGGUGGAUGAUAAGGACUCCAGCCACUAUGACAGCGAUGGUGACAAAAGCGAUGACAAUUUAGUUGUGGAUGUGUCUAAUGAGGACCCUUCUUCUCCAAGAGCAAGCCCCACCCACUCGCCCAGGGAAAACGGCAUCGACAAGACCCGCCUGCUGAAGAAAGAUGCUUCUAGCAGCCCUGCGUCCACAGCCUCCUCGGGAAGUUCCACUUCUUUGAAAUCCAAAGAAAUGAGCUUGCAUGAAAAAGCCAGCACGCCUGUUCUGAAAUCCAGCACACCGACGCCUCGGAGCGACAUGCCAACGCCGGGCACCAGCGCCACUCCAGGACUCCGUCCAGGCCUCGGCAAGCCUCCAGCCAUGGACCCCCUCGUUAACCAAGCGGCGGCCGGCCUGAGGACACCCCUGGCGGUGCCUGGCCCAUACCCUGCCCCGUUCGGGAUGGUGCCCCAUGCAGGCAUGAACGGUGAGCUGACCAGCCCUGGUGCCGCCUACGCCAGCCUCCACAACAUGUCCCCACAGAUGAGUGCGGCCGCCGCUGCCGCUGCGGUGGUGGCCUAUGGGCGCUCCCCCAUGGUUGGUUUUGAUCCUCCUCCUCACAUGCGAGUACCCACGAUCCCUCCCAACCUGGCAGGAAUCCCUGGGGGGAAACCUGCCUACUCCUUCCACGUGACGGCCGAUGGGCAGAUGCAGCCUGUCCCCUUCCCCCCUGACGCCCUCAUCGGACCCGGCAUCCCCCGACACGCGCGGCAGAUCAACACCCUGAACCACGGGGAGGUGGUGUGCGCCGUCACCAUCAGCAACCCCACGAGACACGUGUACACGGGCGGCAAGGGCUGCGUCAAGGUCUGGGACAUCAGCCACCCCGGCAAUAAGAGCCCCGUCUCUCAGCUCGACUGUCUGAACAGAGAUAACUACAUCCGUUCCUGCAAAUUGCUCCCUGAUGGCUGCACUCUGAUAGUGGGAGGGGAAGCCAGCACUCUGUCCAUUUGGGACCUGGCUGCGCCGACCCCACGCAUCAAGGCAGAGCUGACGUCCUCGGCCCCCGCCUGCUACGCCCUGGCCAUCAGCCCCGACUCCAAGGUCUGCUUCUCCUGCUGCAGCGAUGGCAACAUCGCCGUGUGGGACCUGCACAACCAGACGCUGGUGAGGCAGUUCCAGGGCCACACCGACGGGGCCAGCUGUAUUGACAUUUCUAACGAUGGCACCAAGCUCUGGACGGGCGGCCUGGACAACACGGUCAGAUCCUGGGACCUGCGUGAGGGGCGGCAGCUGCAGCAGCACGACUUCACCUCACAGAUCUUCUCCCUGGGCUACUGCCCCACCGGGGAGUGGCUGGCCGUGGGCAUGGAGAGCAGCAACGUGGAGGUGCUGCACGUCACCAAGCCCGACAAGUACCAGCUGCACCUGCACGAGAGCUGCGUGCUGUCACUCAAGUUUGCUUAUUGUGGUAAAUGGUUUGUGAGUACUGGAAAAGAUAAUCUCCUCAAUGCUUGGCGGACCCCCUAUGGAGCGAGUAUAUUCCAGUCCAAAGAGUCCUCGUCUGUGCUCAGCUGUGACAUCUCUGUGGAUGAUAAGUACAUAGUCACUGGCUCAGGGGACAAGAAGGCCACGGUCUACGAAGUCAUCUACUGAAAACAUGAUGUGAUUUAAUGUUCAUAGUUGAAUUGGGCCAAAUGUUUUGAAUUUGUAGAAAUAGAAAAGUUGUAACUUUAAAAAACAAGAAAACCUGUUUUUAAACCUUGACACAAAACAACUUUGAGUCUAUAAAGAGGAGGCGACGAGUCCACCAAGAAGGUCAUCUACCUACUAGACCAAGUGGCGCACCAAGGCCGGUGGACGGGCCGAGGGCCCAGGCCUGAGCAGAGCCGCUGGCCGCAGGGCCCGUUCUUCCUUCGUGUGACCUGCACGGAUGCCUCUGUUCCUCGCGGUUCCCUCACGUUCCGUCCUUGGUAGCGCAGUGGUGUCUCCAAUGAACUUGUUUCCUGGUUUUGCAUCUUGUGAAAUGUUUUUUUGUAUUUUUGUUGAAGGUUAAACAUUUGUAUAAAUUGUAAAUAUAUUUGGUUUAUUACAGUAAAGGCUUUAGUACCAAUAA